AUGUCUUGUGGUGCCUUGCUGCGCCUCUUUUACCUGGCGAGGUAUCGUGCCCUCUCGCUGCAGACUGUUCACUGGAGCUCUUCAGCAGGUGCUGCGGUCGGACCAAAGGUGGAGCUGACAAACCAUGAUGAUGACGUGCGGCGCCUGCUGGAUUCCGUUUUGCUGGAGCUGCAGGGGGCUCCGCGCCGCUGGCUUCCUACCACCGCUGAGAAUAAGUUAGUGGAGCUACUUGACAAGAGUGAUGUCCCCGAAGUUUCCUCUGCACAGUCCGUCUAUUUGCUUCUCGCCCAACGUCGUUUUGCUUCGAAGCCAGAGGCAAUUUUUGUGUCGCUGAGCAUCACUUCAUUUGAUGAGGUGACGCCGCGGUUUGAUGGGGUCUGUGUUUUGUGCAAGCCGAUGGGUAGUAGCAGCCUGAUACAACGCCUCAUUGUGCCGGUUGAUAUGCGCGUUGCGCUGCAUGGUUUAUUGCGUGCUGUCCUGGGUGUUCUGGAGCAAGCUGGUGUGGCGUGCUGGGCUGUUGGCGGUACUUUGCUUGGCGCUGUGCGUCACGGCUGCAUUAUUCCAUGGGACGAUGACGUUGAUUUGGGUAUUUUGUCCGCAGAUGAGACGAAGCUUCGGGCCGCAUUUGACUUUCCUAACACGGAUAACGUGGGAAUGGAUCUUGUACUGGAGUAUGUGCCUAUGUUUGGUUACAAAGUAUACAGCCGUUCCCUACCACCCCCACCACCACAGUCUCGAGAUGGUACUGCCACGUGUAUGAGGUACGGUUAUUUUAUCGAUAUCUUUCUUCUGGAGGAGCUGCAAGGGCGCUUCUUCUAUGCGCGUGAGGAGGCGAAGCGGACGUGGCCGAAUGAAUGGUGGUAUCGUGAUGAAUUGUUUCCCUUGGCUCGUGUGCCGUUUCGUGCUGUGCCAUCGGACGGCCGUCAGAUGCUGUGGCUUCCGGUGGCGCAUUGCCCCCUACCACACCUGCAGCGGCUUUACGGUGACACCUGCAUGCAGGAGGGUGUUGUCCCGCGUGAGUUGCAUGGCCGUCUGCUUAGCCACCCGCUGCAUAUACCAAUGACGCUAUUUGAAGAGAUGUGA